AUGGCGAUGAUGACUGGCCGUGUGCUGCUGGUGUGUGCCCUCUGCGUGCUGUGGUGCGGUGUAUUUGGAAUUGCGGCCGAUGGUGAAGUUGACGUUACCAGGGAAAAAGAUGAGAGUUUGGAGGGCCCACUGCGUGGAUCUCGAGAAAAUGAGGAUGGACCACAGAAGUCACUAGGUUCAGUAAUGCAGAGGUCCAACACCGCAAAUCAGGCGUUGAGUCUAGAAAAUGGAGUUAUGGUGAGCCAGCCAGAGGAUCCUGCCAAAAAACAAGUGCCAGAUGAAGUCGAGACGCAAAAAGAAAGUGAAGAAACGGAAGAAGAAGAUUAUGACGUUGUUGAUGAUGAUGAUGAUGUUGAGGAAGAAGAGCGAGAAGAGGAAGCAGUAGAGACAGCAGAGACAGAAAUACCCAAUGAUCAAACAAAAGAGGAAGCAUCAUCACCACCACAAUCAAAGCACAAAAAAGGGCCAACACCAGCAAAAGGAAUCCCAACAACACAAUCACCAGCAACGCCAGUACUACCAACGACGCAAGGACAGCCGCCAACGGCAGCGCCAUCACCAGAAGAUUCACCAGUCCCAGCAGCGUUGGCAGCAACAGCGGCACCGAAAUUAACAUCAUCAGAACAAGGAAACAUACCAGCAGCGGCGCGGAAAAAGGAUGAAAAACAAUCGGAAGUUAUUGACCCGGCACAAGAAAGCGAACAGCCCGGUCCUCAAGAUUUCGUGUUAGUGCAACAUUCACAAGGUGUUCACGAGAGCAAGGAGUCAAACAGCAAUCCACGAAACCCAGCCAGCGCCUCCGCCGCUGCCAACCAGCGGGAUGCAACAUUUAACGGUCAUGGUGAACCAGCACAAACAACAUCUUCAAAUAAAAGCGUUUUUGAGAUUAACGACGCUAACAGUGGCACUGAAGAAGGGAUAUCAAGCGAUGAUCCAACUGCUGACGGUGCAGGGAAAAACGACACAAAAAACAGUCAAAAUAAGCAUGGCAAUACGAAGGAAACACCAGUCGAAGCCACGGCCAUGAAGGGUGCCGCGGCGACGACUGGCGACAGUGACGGCAGCACCGCGGUCUCCCACACCACCUCCCCUCUUUUGCUUCUUCUUCUUGUUGUUGUUGCGUGUGCGGCUGCGGUGGUGGCCGCGUGA